AUGAGACCCAGCAUCAAUCUCGUUGUCAAUGCCCUUUGGCUGACCAGCCUGAGCACUCCCUCUGCUGCCGCUCCCUCCAAUGGCAACUAUGGUCUCAAGGGUCCCGAGCUCAAGCACUGGCCUGCCAAAGCUGCCAAAGCUCUCAACAAGAUGAUUGCUCGCAAUGCCAACAGUGGUCGCUAUGCUGUCUUCGACAUGGACAACACUAGCUAUCAAUUCGAUUUGGAGGAAUCACUUCUUCCUUACCUUGAGAACAAGGGUGUUCUUACGCGAGAGACCAUGGACCCUGCUCUCAAGCUGGUCCCUUUCAAAGACACCAAGAAGCACAAGGAGUCGCUGUACAGCUACUACUUGCGCCUCUGUGAGAUUGAGGAUGCUGUCUGCUAUCCUUGGGCUGCUCAGAUCUUCAGCGGAUUCCCUCUCGGUGAGCUCAAGGGCUACGUCGAUGAGCUGCUGGCCUACAACAAGACCAUCCCCACCACCUAUUUCGAGGACGACAAGGUUACAGCUACUGAAGUCUCGCCUCCCAAGAUCUUCGAGGGCCAGGUCGAGCUGUACAACCGCUUGAUGGCCAACGGCAUUAAGGUCUACGUUGUCAGCGCUGCUUCCGAAGAGCUUGUCCGCAUGGUUGCUAGCGAUCCUAAAUAUGGCUACAACGUCCCUCCUCAGAACGUCAUCGGUGUAUCUCUCUUCCUCAAGACCAAGAAGGGCGAGAUCACUACUGCUCGCAAACAGAUUGAGGAUGGUGACUACACUAAAAAGACACAGAAGCAGAACCUUGAGGCUGAGAUGACUCCAUGGCUCUGGGCCCCAGCUACUUGGAAGUCUGGAAAGUGGGCUGCUAUUCUCACCUACAUCGAUGAGUGGAACAGGCCUAUUCUUGCUGGUGGUGAUACUCCUGAUAGUGACGGUCCCAUGAUUUUCCAGGGUGUUGAUGUUGCGCGUGGCGGUAUUCACCUUUGGGUUGAUCGCAAGGCUGCUUACAGAGAGCAGAUUGACGGCAUGAUCAAGAACAACACCAUUGCUCAGAAGAAGGAAGGACUACCCGUUACAGCUGACAAGAACUGGGUCUUCGUGACGCCAACCGAGCUUCACUAA